CGUCACGAAUGUAGCUUCGUUAUUAGCAGAGCUUUUGAAAAGCAAGCGUUUGUUAGCAGCUCCUGGAGAGCGGCCGGACUUGACAAAAUACAAUGGGGAUCGAAGACGAAGCUGACCGGACGCUUUUUAUUAGGAAUUUGGAUGCACGAGUAACGGAGGAGCUUUUAUUCGAGCUCUUCUUGCAGGCAGGACCUCUCAUCAAAACCAAAAUUCCAAAAGAUGGCGGUGGAAAUCGGAAAACGUUUGGUUUUGCCGUGUACAAACACGAGGAGUCGGUGCCGUAUGCCAUGCAGCUCCUAAACGGGACGUCGCUGUUUGAUAGAACGAUCCAUGUGCAAUUCCGAUCAGGCAGCACUCACAGCAACAGUCCUGGGAACUCGAGUCCUACAACAAGUACUCCUAAUCCCCAUGGACUGAGGAUGUCGCUGCAGUUCACGUCUCCUCAAUACACUCCUCCAGCUGUAAUGCAAAGGUCGCUUUCAUCACCAGAUAGUCUGCAGAAGCAUGCCAUGAUGAACAUGAUGUGCCAGCAACAGCUUCAGCACAGUCAUCAUCAUCAUCAGCAGCACAACAGGAACAACUACCACCAACAGAAUGCCUGGGGGGGUGGCGGCCGUCACCACGACGGCAGGCGUAGCAGCAGUCACCACGAGGACGGGAGCGGUAACCGUGGUUACAAAGAUAGUAGGUGGAGACGCUACUGAUGCAAGGGAAAGAGACUCAUUUAUGAUCAUGUGGACAAUUUAUAGCAUAUGCUCAGGUUGUUUUCUAUAUGAUCUGAGAAGAUUUAGUAUCCUUACCUCGCCCCCCAUUUUCUUUUAUAAUGUUUUUAAAUUUGUACUUGAUGUGAGCCAUCUCACAUCACAUCAGGCCCAUGAUGGAAAUGUGAUUAUUGUUUAGGACAACAAAAAAAGGACAUUGUUUUGUUCGGCCUGUUUUUAUAUUAUUUUAAAAAAAGAAAAAAGAUUGAAAUGGUGCUCACUGUAGUUGUACAAUGUUCAGGUCAUGCAAAAAAGAAACAGAUCCACCAGCACCACUACUUCUGCAACGAUGAGCUCAGUAAAAAUGUUCCUUUUUAUUUUUUUAAUCUUGAUUUUGUAAGACAAACUUGUAAUGUUUUAAAGCGAUCAUGAUUUCAUUAUAAACGUUCUUUGGCUUAACAUUUACGUCCUCUUUCAUCACUGCGCUAUUGUACGCUGGGGGGCUGGCCGUGGAACGCGUGGCCUUAUGUGCACCUAUAAAUGGCCCACUGUGUAACUAAUAUGCUUGUGCUGCGGGUUAGGAAGUAAUCUACAGGUGGCGCCACACAUAUCCUUUCAAUGAAGCCAAUUACCGCGGUAAAUGUAUCCCAGGCACAUGAUCAGCUCCUACAUGUGACCUUUCUAUUUAGGAUUUUUUUUCAAGGCUUGACGUGGAUUUGUCACUCUCUCUGUUCACUCCGACACGUGCAAUUACAUGGAGGUGUUUCUUGUUACCCCAACGUGGACACAGAACAGCUAUUCCGGGACAAUCCUCCUAGAAUAGGAGCCGCUUUGAUCCAUAGCAUCUCAUGUUGCUAUCGUUCUCUACGCAUCCCUGCCUAGGUGUCCCGACAACAAAGUGAGGAUCACAUCCCAUAACAACCGACGAUGAGGUCAUAAUCUAGCCUUCCGAAAGUGCUUAACGCCACCUAGCUGCAUGGAGGAACAAUUAAAGCGUCAGCUUCAUGUGGCAGUAAAGGUGUAUUUACACCCUUCUGUGUGCUCUAAUCAAUUCUAUCCUCUGCAGGCUGUCAGGCGGAAGGCCUUUAUUAUUUUUGUGACACUUGGUGGUGUUACUGCUUUAAUUGCUUGAUCUGGCUGGCUACUCUGAAGCAGGCAGAUUAGACAGCCUGCUUGCUGCUGGAUCUACUUCCAACUCCGCUGCACCCCAGUGAGCCACAUCACACCACCAGCCCUCAACAACUAGCCUCCUUUCAAAUAAAUUUUAAUACUAUAUUUAUUGGAGUUCCUUAAAGCUCUGGUAGUCUAAUGCAGUGAAAUUACUGUAUACCUGCACAAUUUAUAGCGCUCCAGAGCCAAGCGGCUUUAAAAAGAACAAUGCUUUUGGAUUGUGAGAGGUAUUGAUUUAAUAAAAUGUUUAUUGUAAUUUA